GAUUGCUCAUCUCGAGGAAAGUGGACGCAACAAAUACUGUACUUAACACGAGGCAUCUUCGGUGUUAUAAUUGUCCCGCAGCUGUUAGAUCUUAAUCCUUGGCAGACAGCAUCUUGGAGAUGAACUGGCAUGAUUCUUUAGGUGUACCAAUUAAGUACCAGUGCUUCCACACUUCUCUAUAAAUAGGCCUCAGCGGCCCAGUAGACACAUCAAACUAAAAGUUCCUCUCUUCAACCAAAAUUACAGAGAAAAGCUUCCAGAUCAGAAAUGGCUUUCCACCUAAGAUCGAUAAGUUUGCCUUCAAGGCCUCAGGCCAACGAGGCCGAAGUCGAGCAAGAGUUACUGAGCAUAGAGGCAAGUAUCUCUUCCUCCACCACUAUCAGCACCAUGUGUGAUGAUCCGAGGAGGCUUGGAGACAUCUACAAUGGUGUUGAAGAUAUUAUUGGCCUCCCAAGCAACCACGUUGGGAAGAUGCUAGAUGGAGAGAUGGAGCGCUCUCUUGAGCUGUUGGAUCUCUGCAGCAGCAUGCAAGAGAUCUUCAUGGAGAUGAAGGCCAUCAUCCAAGAGCUGCAAGUGGCUCUAAGAAAAGGAGAUGAUGCAACUACUCAAGCAAAGAUCAUGUCUUAUACUCGUUUGGCGAAGAAGGCCAAGAAACAUUUCAAGAAGACCACGAAGAAGGCUACAUCGGAGGGUGGCAGGAUGGUCAUGCUAUUGACAAAGGCUAGAGAGAUUUCUGUAUCUCUACUGGAGUCCACAAUCCAUCUUUUGUCGAAGCAAAUCGAAAUGCCUAAAAAGUAUCUUGUCUCCAAGGCAUUUCACAAGAAGAAGGCAGUUGUUCGCGAGGAGGAAUUACAGGAGUUAGAGUGCAGUAUCGGCGAUAUUGAGAGCGGAGCAGGACAUCUAUUCAGGAAACUGGUUCAGAAUAGAGUUUCUCUCCUAAACAUUCUUAGCUCAUAGAUACUCCACGUCUGACACCCUGUGAUUGGCAUCCGCCUUUUUGAGGAAUAGCUGAUCUUCAUGCAUUUUUCCAAUAUGUAUACAGCACAAAUGUACAGAAAUUAUAGAAAGAGAAACCAAAGUUUU